AUGAUACUUCCAAGCAGCAGAGCAGCAGUGCUUCAGACCAGUGGAAGCAGCCUACCAAGCGGCGACAGUUCUCCGAGCAGAGGACAUUAUAGGAGCACCUCAGAGACAUUCAAGGCUUUGCUAGACCGCCGGCUGUGGCAGGACUACGGGUGUGACAGUACAGAUAUGUCAGAGAGCAUAUGGAGAGAUGACGACGGCGCCGAAGCCGAAGCACACCUGCGGCGGGUACGGCGAACGAACAGGGCCGGCGCCAGCGUGAUGCGGCGACGGCGAUCAAGCAGCAAGACGUCCAGCAAAAACCUUAAGAGCACGACCGACAUUUCGCCGGCAUCCAAGAUAUUUCGCAACCUGCUCAUCCUGGAGGACGACCUGCGCCGGCAGGCAAAGGAGCAGGAGCUGCUGAAGUGGCAGUUCACGCUUUUCCUGUCGACGCUGAUGGGGGUCGCGGGAUUUGCGUUCUACGAGCUGUACUUCUCACAGGACACCGUGCAGGGCCUUUAUAGAGUGAUGCUCCAGUUCCUGUUCGUGUUCAUCAUGAUCACUGUCGUGCUGUUCCAUCUCAGCGGCGAGUACCGCCGCACCAUCGUGAUCCCGCGCAAGUUCUUCACCAACACCAACAAGGGCAUCCGCCAGUUCAACAUCAAGCUCGUCAAAGUCAAGAGCUCGUUCGGCGACCGCGCGACCGACUCCGCGCGCCUGGCCGCCCGCCGCGUUGCCGGCGCCCAGCUCUGGCUGCUGCACCUGCUCGUGCCCGCCGCGCACCUGCCCCGCCUCGCGCUCUACCACUUCUGGCGCGGCGUCGCCGUCCGCUCCCAGGCGCGCAUCGGCGCCGUCGACGUCAAGCUCGUGCUCUACCCCCGCGCCUUCAGCGCCGAGAUCCGCGAGGGCUGGGAGAUCUACCGCGACGAGUUCUGGGCCCGCGAGGGCGCCCGCCGGCGCCGUCUGGUCAACCAGCUGAGCCCCAAGGCCGACUAG